UAUAACUUAGUCAAUGUCAAAUCAGAACUAAAUUUUCUAUAGAUUCUUUUAGAAGGUUUGAACGACACGUAGAAUCACUGUGCACAAUUUCGUUGGCUGUUCGAUAGUAUAAAUGUGUCAAUAAAAGAAUGCUUUAUAUUUUCCAUAUGUAAAACAUAUUUUCCAAGGUAAAUAGAUAGGUUAACAAUGGAUUUUGGUACAUUAUUAAGUGUUGCACAAAAGAACGAAAUUAAUAAACAAUCCGUUGCUUGUUAUCAAACUAAAUUUACACCUCCGAAGAAGCAAAAUAAACAAUCAAAGACAUUGUCGGAUAAUAUAAAAAAAUUUUUAGCCAGAAAGGAGGAAGAAGAAAAAAGGAAAGUUUUAGAAGAAAAAAAAAAGAGAGAUAAUUUGCUUGCAUUACGGGACCAUAAAGCUCAAAGUCGUAUAAAUAAACAUUUGAAAGUAUGUAAGGCUGCAAAUAAAUCUGUAAUAGCAGAUGCAAUAGAUAAUGAAAAUACAGCUGUUACUAUAGCAGGUCCUUCUCAACCAGAUGAGGAUGAUUACGGAUAUGUUUCCCAGGAAGCAUCUGCGUUUUAUAAUCAGUUAAUGAAUAAAUAUAGUAAUUUGCCUCCUGAGAAGCCUCUUUUCAGUAACACUGGAAAAAGGACAGUAAAGGAUAUUGCAUUGACAAAGGAUAGGGUAAAGCAAGCUCUAAAACAACAGGAAAUUGAAGAUUCACUUGGUCAUAGACGAAAACGACGAUCAUCCACAGUGAAUAGAAAAGAGUCAGAGUGUGAAGAUCAGAAUGACAAAGUACCCGAAAAAAAAACGAAGGAACAAGAAAAGCAUGGAAAAGAAAAGGCUAAAAAGAAACCACCACCACCUCCAAUGGAUUUUGGAGAACUGUUGAAACUUGCAGAGAAGAAACAACACGAGCCAGUAGUUAUUGAUGCCAAACCAAAGGUUGAAGAACCAGAGAGAUUGAUGACUAAGAAACAAAUGAAAGAAUAUAUGAAAGAAAAAGAAUGGAGAGAAAGAAAAGAGCAAUUGGCCAAAGGAAUAGAUGUAACGAAAAAAAAUAAUGUUACAUCUGAGAUAAAUAAGUCAAAUAAAUCACAUACCCCAAAAAGUACAAAAAUAACGAUUGAUAAAGCUUCUCUAGAUUCCUCUGUACAAAAUAAAAAUUUGUCUUCGACAAUACAAGAUAAAAAGGCAUCGGCAAAAUCUAAUAACAUUUUAAGUGAAAAAAGUAAUGUUAUAACUAAAUCUAAUAAUAUAGGGAAAAAUUCAACGAAGGAUAAAUUAUUAGAAGAACGUAAAAAAUUAGAGGCAGAAAAACGUAAGUUAGAAGAAAUGCGUAAAGCUAUAGAAAAAGAAAAAUUGUUAUUGGCACAAAGUAAAUUGAAACAAGAAGAAUCAAAAUCGUUAAUUAAACAUCCAAAUAAAGUUGUAUCUCAAACAAAAAGUACAGAUAAACAAGUUUUAUCUAAAGAUAUUAAGACAAAACAAGCACCUACAUCUGAAAAAUUGCAAUCGUCUAUGUUAAAUGAAAAGCCAAAGCAGUUUCCUCCGCUUAAUAUGAAGUCACUUAAAAAUAAAAUUGCAUCUGGAAAGAUUCUUAAAAAGCCAGGAAAUUCUAACAAACGUCGUAUAUAUGAUGAUGAAGAAUAUGAUUCCGAAUUGGAUGAUUUUAUCGAUGAUGGUCCAGAAGAAGAAGGUGAAGAUUAUAGUAAAUAUAUUAGUGAAAUAUUUGGUUACGAUAAAAGCAAAUAUAGAAAUGUGGAUGAUGAUGAUGAUGAUUUAGCAAUGGAAAGUAACUUCGCACAACAACUUAAAGAAGAAUAUGUAUCUACAAAAAUAGGCAUUAUGGAAGAUUUAGAAGAUAUACGUAUGGAAGCCUUAGAAAAGAAACGGAAAGCUCUCUUAAAGAAAAAAUAUAAGAGUUUAUGGUCGCAUGCAGCUCUCUCUUCCGGCAACCAGAGAAAGGGGAUUUUGCUACUGCUGAAUCUGUGGAAAUAUUUAUACAUAAAAUACUCCUCCGUCAUGGCCGUCGGUGACUUGAAGACUGACAAGGGCGUUAAAGAUUUAAAUGCUUAUCUUGCCGAUCGUAGUUACAUCGAAGGGUGGCAACCGUCUCAAGCCGAUGUUGCUGUCUUUGAAGCUUUGGGAAAAGAACCUAAUUCUUCUAACCCUCAUGUACUAAGAUGGUACACUCACAUAAAGUCGUACGAUCUAAACACACUUCCAGGAGAGAAAAAGGCUCCUGCUAUAUUAGCAAAUAGUAGUCAUUCUUCACAAGCUACAACCCCAGCAGCAGAUGCCGCAGAAGAUGGCGAUGAUGUUGAUUUGUUUGCAUCCGACGAAGAAGAAAGUGCAGAAGCAGCAAAGAUCAGGGAAGAAAGAUUAAAGGCUUAUGCCGAAAAAAAAUCCAAGAAACCAGCAAUUAUUCCUAAGUCUAGUAUUGUACUUGAAGUUAAACCCUGGGGGGAUGAAACAGACAUGAAAAAAAUGGAAGAAGCAGUUAGAUCCAUUAAGAUGGAUGGUCUUGUUUGGGGUGCUUCUAAACUCGUAGCAGUGGGAUAUGGCAUACAAAAAUUACAAAUAAUAUGCGUAAUAGAGGAUGAUAAAGUUUCUGUAGAUUUCCUGGUGGAACAAAUUCAGGAAUUUGAGGAUUUAGUACAAUCUGUCGACAUUGCAUCUUUCAAUAAAAUUUAAAAGCUUCUCAGUAAUUUUAAUAAUGAGUUAAUAAAUAUUGUUUGUAUAUAUGUGCA